CGCCCUCGAGGCUGGACGCGUCGCCCUAGGCACUGGUGGGGGGAGAUGAGGGAGCCUGAUUUCCGGAGGACGUUACGUAUAUGUGAGGAAGGCCCGGACCUGUUAAAUUGGAAUUGUCUUUACUGGCUCUCUCUCUCUCAAGAUGUCAUCCCUUUCAGAAUAUGCCACGCGAAUGGCUCGCCUGAGUGCUCGAAUAUUUGGAGAAGUUGCUAGCCCCACCGAUUCCAAGUCCAUGAAAGUAGUGAAGUUGUUUAGUGAGCAGCCUUUGGCUAAAAGGAAGGAGACUUAUGACUGGUAUCCCCCUCACAACACCUAUUUUGCUCUCAUGAGGAAACUCCGUUUCUUUGGUCUUUACAGAGAUGAACAUCAAGAUUUUAAGGAAGAGCAAAGGCGGCUAAAGAAGCUUCGUGGAAAAGGCAAACCAAAGAAAGGAGAAGGGAAAAGAUCAGCUGCAAAGAAAUAG